AGAGCGUCGGCCGACGCCGCCAGCCGCCAGCGAUACUCACAAGCAAUUAACAAACCUUCUUCUGAAGAUCUGAAAUCUCAAAUUGAAUACUCCGUCAGCCUUGCCGUCCAUCGCCGACCUCCAACUUCGCCAUCUACCGGCAGCCUCCGACCUCCUUGGCCCCAGUAUCGAAUUUGCUUAUUUCCUGGUAUAGCCAAGCAACUUAGAAUUGAACUCGACGCAUUAGUAGCAGGACCUGUUAUAAAUUAUGGCUACUCAGCAAAAAGGAGAAGAUGAUCAACAAGCAAUACAUGUAGAGAUGCAAGGGACAGGCUCAUCUAGUAGUAGCUGGGUGGGAAGGAUCCAAGAACAGUAUGGCAAGAUCAAAGAGAAUGCAGAAACUUACCCUUAUGUGUGGGGUUCGUAUAUCGUUGUGUACGGAGGAUUUGGCCUCUGGUUUGCCUACAGAUGGAGGAAGCUCCGCAAAACUGAAGAUAGAGUCCGAGGUCUUCAAGAGCAGCUCCGCAAGCUCGUUGAAUCUCAAGAGCCUGGAAGCUCAUCUGGUGGUGCCACUAGCGGGACACGGCCGCCACAUGAUAAACCCACUGAUUAGAUGGUUUAUCAGUUUCUAUACCCUUUCAAAUUGCAUUAUUUUUCGUCUUUCCCUGACUUUUUUUUCUGAAGUAGAUUCUCCAAAUUGAAAGUAGAGAAUUUGAAUCACAACUUAAUCUUGAAAAAUGUCAGGUCAGCUGUUAAGCUGCAUUUCUUGCAGGUUUUGUAAGCCUAAUGCCACAGCACAUAAACAGAGUUAGCAGAAGGAAGCUUGAAUAUCUUUCUGUUAUAGGCUUCUUAUUCCUUGUUUUGUAUUUAAACUGCAUUAUACUUGCAACCUAUUUACAGAAAUGUACUAUUUUUUGUGAUGUGCA